ACACAUGGUACAGUGGAGUGUACUGGUGUGAGUCUGGAUCAGGAGAGUACAGUAAUGCUGUCAACAUCACAGUGGAUGCUGGUGAUGUGAUCCUGAAGAGCCCUGUCCAUCCCAUGACUGAAGGAGACUCUGUGACUCUGCGCUGCAAAUACUGGACAACCAGCUCAGACAUCAAGGCUGAUUUCUACAAAGAUGGAGUACUCAUCAAGAAUGAGACCACAGGAGAGAUGACCAUCUCUGCAGUAUCCAAGUCAGAUGAAGGAUUCUACAAAUGCAAAAACCCUGAAAAGGGAGAAUCACCAGAGAGCUGGAUGACAGUGAGAAUCGUAKCUCYUGGAUCCUCUACAUCAGUCCUAGUAGGAGUGGUUGUGGGUCUGGUUGUUGCUGGUGUUCUGCUGGUCAUUCUCCUCGUCCUGCUGUGGAGAUUUAAAAACAGCCAAGAUACUGCUGCUGGACCAAGUCAUGUGACAUACGCCCAGAUUCAACUCAAAAAGUUGGACAAGAAAAUGAAAGGUGACUAUCAACUGUGA